AUGGAGUUCCAUUUCUCCUCUCUUCCAUCUCGCCUCUCUCCCUGCAGCUUGGAUCUGCCCCUGAGUCGCCUCAACACGAUGUUCUUUAACUUCUUCAUCUGCCGGAAUGAGCAGCCCACCGUGCUCAAGGACCUUGUCACGGAGUUGUUCUACAACGAGCACAAAGUUCAUUUCCUGAUUGUCAGCAGACCGCCAAGCAGCGUAAAGAACGAUGCAUACGAGGCCAUUCAGCAGUACGGCCAGACAUAUUACCCAACGUUUUGCACUUUGUCGGAGCAGCGGGGUCUGCCCUCGGUGAUUAUCAUCAAUCGCAGAGACGUUAUGCCCACGAUAUCCUUUCGCAAGGCACUUCCCGAGGACAACGAUGACAUUGUGGAGAUGAUAGACCACGAGGAGCCGCAGCUGCGGCAGAAGAACGGCGACUUUUACAUAGCCGAGGAGCUGCUCGACUCGGAGCGAACUGGCCGCAAGGAGCUGAUCAUUGUGGCAGAGCUGGCAGAAAACAUCGCUGGGCUGAUGUGGCUCACGGACAAGUUGGAUGUGGAGCUGCUGGCCACAAACUUUCAUCUGCAGCGACUGGGCAACCUCGUGAGGUGCACGCCAGGAGCCAAACAUGGCAAAGUCUCCCUCGAAGUCAUCUCGACGCACACCAAGCCCUACAAGGAGCUCUACACAGAGUCCACUCUGACGAGCAAGCCACUAAAUGGAGGUGGCAGCGUCACGACCAUGUCCAGCAUAAUGCUGCCGCAUGCCCCGCCGCAGGACGAGUUUGAGCUGCGGCACAGCCAGCUGAUGUCCUCACAGUUCGAGUGCAUCUACGACGAACUACGACAUGGCCAACAUUAUGUGAAGGCCGUGCACGAGCUGCUGGAGAUCUCCUUCGAUCUGCCCAGCGGCGAGGAACUUGAAGACGGAGGGAACACAGUGGAGUACCUGAAGCGUGCCUCCAGCGCCUUUCUGCUCAAGAUGUUCAAUCUGAAUCCCAGGGUGAGGCUGGAGUACACCUUCUUCUUUCUCUCGGCCAUGUUUAGCGCUUUCCCGGAGCUCGAUCACUGCCUGAUUCGGGUGCCAGCCACUUCAACGCUGUCCAAGAGUCAGCGAGAGUUGAUUCGAUUCUUCUUGCGCACUGCUCAUCGUCCCAAUAGCUCUGUCUCGGACAGCCUCUAUGUGGCCCAUCGCUGCACUCUCUUCGGGGAUCUGCACCUAUUUCAGCUGAAGCGGAGUGAACUGGAGGAGAUCAUGUCCAUGUUGCGGCUAACAACCAUUCCCAGGAAGAGCGCAUAUUCCGAGAGGGAUCAGGAGAGCGGCAUCAGUUGGGUCGUGUCCAACCUGAUCUCCCCGGAGGGCAGCCAGCUCAUUGAUCAAGUCUUUGCGGACAUUUUCAACAACGAGGAGACGGAGUUCACCUGCUACACGGUGCACUGUGGCAACAGCGUGUCUCGCACCAUUGUGGGUUUCAUUGUGUUGCGACCCUUUACGGACUAUGACGCACUCAGCCGGAAGUUCUAUCUGCCCCGAGAUGAGUUCCACUUGACGCACAGACGCGGUGAGAUUGUGAUGUUCAAGCUGCAUCCUCUGUUCCAGGUUUGGUGUGAUUCGAUUGUGCGCUCCGUGGCCAUGCAGGAUAACUAUCGGGAGCUCUACUAUUUCCAUCACUUUAUGGGCGUUUCAUUGCCCAAUGAUCUGAUGUACAACAUGAUGCCCGUGGAGCCGCGCAGGGUGACUCGUAAUUGGUUUCCGCAAAACGACAACGAUGGACUGAAGCGGCAGAUCGACACCGUGGACUUUCCCAGGAUCAACUUCUUCAGCGCCCAUCUCCACGUCGUGUGCCACAAUCUGUUGCCCAGCAAGCACAUGGGCAUACCCCAUCCGCUGGUCAUUGUGGGCUUCUCGGACAUUUGUCGCGCCUUUCUGCGGCACAUCAUCUUCGGCUGGAACACCAAGGACUUUGCCAACUUUAAGCGCUACAACUGCCUGCCGCUGCUGGACAUCACGGUGAUUGUGCCACACGGCGUGGUGGAGGCUGCUUACGACUCGGACUUCAGCUGCAGCUACUGCCACGGCAGCAAGCACUGCUACGUGAGCAUCGGCUCGAGCAUUCCCUUCGUGAAGGACGCCACACACCGCAUGGAUCUGCGGCACUGGGUGCAGUUUGUGCCCGGCAAUCUGGUGGCCAUCGAUCGCACUGAGAAGGUUCUACGCCUGUCGGAUAGCUGCAACAUUUACUACGAAAAGUUGCUCCUGCUGAGUGACAUUCGGUAUGGGCUGAGGGGCGAGGAUCCCACUGCCGCCAUGCCCUACAACUAUUCCGCGAUCAACUAUCGCCUGGACAAGAUCAUACUCUACCACAAGCUGCAGACCAUGAUCGAUCGGGACAAUCUGUGCACUCCCAUCAUCGUCUACGGCUACGGCAUGCCCGUCUUCGAGUGCAUCAACUUUCUGGUCACCCAUGGCUGCCAGGCGGGGGACAUCACCUACGUGCAGCCGCACAUUCCGCAGGUAUCGGAGCACAUCCUCUACCCCCGCGAGGAUGCUGGGCUGGACUUGAUACUCCUGGAGAUGGUGGCCGAUCUGGGCAUUGAAAUUUACUUAUCCGCCAACUACAGUCGACUGCUCUACUUCCCCAAUCACACGACCAUCGAGAGCGUAGAGUUCCAGCUGACUCCGAGCAGGAAGUGCAUCACUCUGAACUGCGACAUGUUCAUCAACUUUGAUGAGAGCUUCAUGUGCUCGGGAUUUGAGAGAAUCCUCCUCGACGCUGGCAUUGCUCUCGAAAACAGAAAGAUCAUUGUCAAUGCGGAUUUCUGCACGAAUGAUCCGAAUAUCUAUGCCAUUGGGCAGUACAUCACGAUGGAUCCCAGCCCCAACUACCAGUACACGCACACCAAUCCACAAGAGUGUGCGGAGAAGCUGGCCUUCAUUCUCAACAUGCAAGGGGGAUCGACCCAUCAGCGCUUCUCCAAGGCGAACAUGUUCACGAGUCGCCUGCCCAUGAACUAUCAGAUGGUGAAGAUCGUUUCCCCACAGCCGCUGCUCAUGGGCCAGAUAACGAACGAGUUCAUGGAGAACAUGACAACCUAUCAGGAUGGAGAUUUCUGUCGCGUUCGCGUGAACCACAAAAUGUUUGUCAUGGAGAUUGUGUGCGUCACAAAAAAGAAGAAAAGUUUGUUGUUUCUCGAAUACUUUUGCGGGCGGCAUGUGGCGCUGCUGAAUAACAUGCGAAAUCGCUGGCAGAGCGGCUGGAUAGACAAUUUCCUGGACUACUUCGAGCAGCCCUGGACAGAGCUGCUGAUGCACGAAAGAUUCCAAGACCUGCAGCUGAAGAACCGCCGCACGCUGCUGGCCAUACUGAUGAUGGAUACGACGACCAAUUUGUACAAACCUGAAAAUAGAAAGAGCUUGGAGGAGACGCAGCGCAAGCGGCUGGAGGCGAAUCUGAUCGAAUUUGUGCGCACAUAUCGCAAGGAGUUUGUCAACGAAUUUGCACUGCCCGAGGAGUGGGAUGCAGUCUAGCAGGCGGCAGGGCAUCUCUUCAUUUGUUUAAUAAUAUAUUUUGUGUAUUUUUAAUCGGAGUUAGCAACGGACACUGUGUGGGGUGCGGUAUUGCAUACAGCGCUACACACAUUUAAGCCAUUCAAAUUGCAGUUUUUACAUUGUACAAGACACACUCUAAAACGCUAUUAAAUAUAUAAAAAAGGUCAAAGGAUUAGCUCAUCCAUUGCCUUGGGA